GCUGUGCAUAUAAGUUGCAGUUCACGUGACAGAUCGACAUGGCAGCUCCACCUGGUAGUGGACCGCCACCCGGUCUGCCUCCAGCGCGAGGACCGCCACCAGGCAGCGGGUUUGCCGGAGCCCCACCACCUGGCCUUGGAGGACCUCCGAUAGGACGCGGACCACCCCCUGGCCCACCGCGGGGUGGUGGUCCUCCUGGCGGCUUUCCAGGAGGGGGCCAACCCCCUGCAGGUCCUCCCGGACGCGGACCACCCCCCGGAGCCCCACCGGGGAGAGGUCCUCCACCAGGCGCCCCACCGGGAAGAGGGCCGCCGCCCGGCGCUCCACCUGGAAGAGGUCCUCCGCCGGGCGCACCACCAGGAAGGGGGCCACCCCCCGGCGCCCCGCCUGGUAGAGGACCGCCACCCGGUGCACCCCCAGGAAGAGGUCCCCCACCCGGUGCACCCCCAGGAAGAGGUCCUCCGCCGGGAGCACCACCUGGAGGUCCGCCUGGCGGCCCACCAAGAGGGCCUCCACCAGGAGCGCCGCCGGGAGGAGCACCUGGAGGCCCACCGCGAGGACCCCCACCAGGAGGCCCGCCAGGAGGCCCGCCGCGAGGGCCCCCGCCCGGUGGUCCGCCUGGAGCCCCUCCACGAGGUGCCCCCCCCCCACCAGGCAUGCCCCCAGGUGGUCCACCAGGAGGCCCCCCACGAGGCCUGCCACCAGGCAUGCCACCAGGAGGAGGAGUUCCGCCCAGAGGUCCGCCCGGCGGUCCCCCACCAGGGAUGCCACCAGGUCGAGGUCCCCCUGGCAUGCCACCAGGUGGCCCUCCUCGAGGCCCCCCAGGCAUGCCCCCAAGAGGCCCGCCAGGCGCCCCGCCACCGGGCAUGCCGCCGCGCGGACCGCCCGGCAUGCCUCCUGGUAUGAUGCCGCGAGGGCCACCGGGUAUGCCGCCUCGAGGUCCGCCAGGCAUGAGACCCCCGGGCAUGCCAGGUGCUGGCCCCCCAGGAGGGGCUCCACCAGGCGCGGUUCCCCGAUUUGGCAAGCUGUCGGUGAAGUUGCUCAAGGGGCUGGAGCUCAAAAGCUUGGGCACGUUGCAGACCGCUGACCCGUACUGCAAGCUGACUGUGGGCACGCAAACCUUCCAGACCAAGGUGCAUGAAAAGGGCGGCAAGAACCCCACGUGGAACGAAACGUUUGAGUUUAGCAUUUCCACGGAGAAGGAAUUGAUCAUGGAACUGUACGACAAAGAGCAAUCUGGCACGGAUCGGUUCAUGGGGCAAUGUCGCGUGGAUUUAAUUGCAUGGAUCGCGAAAGGCGGAUUCGAGGGCGACCUUGACCUCAAAGACGAACAAAAUCAAGAUGCGGGCAAAGUGGCGGCUGUUGUCAAGUUUACAAAGCCAGUCGUGGGACCAGCAGGUCCGAUCAAAGCCCCCCCACAGAUCAUUCCAGGGGCAGUGGGCCCCCCUCAAGGCAUGGGGGCACCGCCUGCCGCCCCCGCAGAGCCCCCGCGCGACCCGAACGGCAAAUUUAGCGACAGCGAAAUCCUCGAAGCGUUCAAGGCGUUCGAUUUGGACCACAACAACUACGUGGGGGCAGCGGAGAUCCGGCACGUGCUGAUCAACAUUGGCGAGAGCCCCACGGACGAAGAAGUGGACGAGAUGAUCCGGAUGGUGGACAUUGACGGUGACGGGCAAGUGUCGUUUGAAGAAUUCUACAAAAUGGUCACGGGGGGCAAGGAGCCGCCGUCGGGGCUGUUCGCGCCGGCGGCAGGGGACGAUCCCGCGGCGACCGCGGCCGUGUCAGGCGCGACGUCGUCGAUUCAGCUCCGGAACGAACGCAAGAAUACGCUGGAAGAGUUCUCGCAAGACAACAACAUCAAGCCCGAGUCAGUCAAGAAGGCGUUCAAGCGGUUCCAAGCCACCGACAAGGACGGGUCGGGGCAGAUUGACUAUACAGAAUUCUGCGAAAUCAUGCUCGUGGACCCGUCGCCGCAAUGUGAAAAGUUGUUUGGGCUGUUUGACAACGACAAAGUCGGCCGCAUCGACGUGCGCGAGUUUUUGAUUGCGUUGUCCAACUUUUGCGGCGCCGAGAAAGACGAGAAGCUCAAGUUUGCAUUCAUGGUGUUUGACGACGACGGCAACGGCGUCUUGUCCAAGAUGGAGCUGAUGAAGAUCCUCAAAGCCAACCACAUGGCGUCCAACGAGUCGGAAGUCGCGCGGAAGGCCGACACGAUCAUGUCCCAGGGCGACAAGGACGGCGACGGCGUCAUCACGUUCGACGAAUUCGCCGUCGUGAGCAAGAAGUUCCCCAAUAUCUUAUUCCCCGCGUACACGCUGGCACAGCAGGCUGACGCCAAGUAGUUCCUUGUAACGCAAAAUCAUCAUCGUAUUUGUACACAC